AUGCAACAACCAACUAUUUUAAGAAUUGCUAUCGUUGGGUCUGGUGGGGUUGGCAAGAGUUCUCUAACUCUCCAGUUUGUGUAUAGUGAGUUUAUUCAGGAUUAUGAACCAACAAAAGCUAAUUCGUACAGGAGAAAAAUAACGUUGGAUGGGGUGCCACUACAAUUUGAUAUUCUAGAUACUGCAGGUCAGGAAGAUUAUAGAGGGAUUCGAGAUUAUUUUUUCAAAAUUAGUGAAGGUUUCAUAUUGGUGUUUGCUAUUGACGAUAGCGAAUCCGUAAACUCUUUGGCAACAUUUCGGUAUUUCUUGAAAUUGGUAAAAAAAUCCGUGAAUCCCAUAUGGCCAGUAUACAAUAUCCGAGAAAAGUGGAAAACUAUAAACGAAGAAAAAAGUGUACAAUUUUGUAAAGAUCAGCAUAAACCUGUACAUCUUGAUGAACAUCCUCAGAUUCGUGCUUCAUGA